AAAGCUAAGUGUCGGUUUAUUUGUUUUACUGUUUAUUUCUUUUGCAUCUCUUACAAGCCCAGGGUGGUGGUUUUGCUAUAUACUAACUUGGCUGCAGCAGAAGCCAGGACCCUGAACAGUGUGUCCCCUUUGCUAAGGCCAGCGAUAGAAGUGGUCGGCUCAGGGUGCCUGAUCAAACAUGCCUAGCUCUGCUCUGCCCAGAAGGUACCCAUAACAGUGUACAAGUACUAACUGAUGUAACUGAAUGUAUUAGAAUGUAGUUUUGCUAUCAUGAAUAUGUAUGUGUUAAGUUCCCUAACUAAGUUGUAAAAGUAAAGGAACUUUGUCAGUAAAAAUCAUAAGCCAAGAAGAAAAGGAAACCCAACAGUAGCAAAGAAUAUUAUUCCAAGGGGGUGACGGAAGGAGAUAAGAAGUUCUCCCUUUCAAAACUGUAAUUUUCACUAAGGCAUUAGUCACAGCUAAUUAACCCCCUCCCAGCUUAUAAGAAAAUGGCUUCAGUCCAGUUCCUCAAAGUUUUAGUGAAACAAAGACAUUUGAAUAAACCAGUCAGAAUGCUUAUAAAUCUAGAGUGUAAACAAGGGAAAACUGGAGAACUCAACAAAUUCAAGACAACCUGAUGUGUGUUGUGCCAUCCUCCUUAGGGUUCGAAUUAUGAGGGGUUUUGGAGGGGAGUUGAGCCCCCCCCAUAAGACACUAAGCAGUUCAGGCAGCAGCAGUAGCUCCUUCUGGCUGCCACUGCUGCAGACUCCCCAAAAGUCAGAAUGUGAUUCAAACCCUGAUCUUCCUCCUUACUGAAUUUCUCCCAGCUAAUAUAGGUGCAAAUCUGUAUCACACCCCUCAAAUAGUUAGAUAAGGUAUUGGAAUAAGUGCUUAACCUUUUGCUUUAGGGUGUAAACAAAAAAAGGUCAGGCUAUAGAGAGGUCUCUUGCUUCUUUUCUGACUGGUGUAGCAGUAAUACCCUACCAGCUAAGAAUGGAGGAAGAUUGGAAAGGAUAAUAAUUAAGGGAGGUGUACCAGUUUCCUAACUUUGUGUCUAAGAAGGGUAAUCAAAUCACGAAAGACUCUGUAGCUGUAUGUUUAAGUUUGCAAAAGGAUUCAUGGUCAUAGAUGAACUGUAAUUUUCUCUCUCAAAAGGCCAAAUAUUCACAACUUUGUGGUAACCCAAUGAUCUUGCAAGGUCCCUUCCAGCCCCUAACAUCUAUGAAACCCUAUUUCUUACCUAACUUCCCCAGAAAGAACUUCUCUUGUGUUGUCCUGGAGGAUAACAAGGCUUUCUGCAUGGAUUAUGAGCUGAUAGCUAAGAGAAUAAUCAAACCACUGACAUCUUGUGCUUUUGAGAAGGAAACUACUAACUGGAGUCUGAGAGGAUUAUUCAACCUCAUUCCUCUUUGUGACUUUGAUGUAGGCUGGACCAGCUGCUGUACCCGUUUGCCGUUUUUUAAAAAGUAAGGGGGAAAAGCAGAGGCUUUGGGGCUUAGGUAUGGGCAUGAAUUGCCUUAGCUUUCACCCCCCUGCCUUCCCAAGCCCUAGGGUAAGGUUGCAUUGUGCAACCAUGAGGUUUAGUGCCCAGAGAUGAUAUUUUCAUACAGGACCAAGCAGCCAGUCAGAACACGGCUCUGGUCAUCCCAGAUGCACCAGAUGUCAGACAUGCCCUUGGUUUCAUGUUGACUGAGACUGGAUUACACACUUCCUUCCAUCCUCCAUUUAAAGCAAAAGGGGCAUGAGUAAACGGUUUCAUCUACAUAUGCUAGCUUGGCCAAGGAUGUGUCAUAGAGAUGUGUAAAAUACCCUGCCUGUGCCUGCUUAUGAUCCUGAGCAAGUGGUCAAAUAAUCACUUCUGAUUUUUUUUUAAUAGCAUCUGAAAUAGAUAAGUUUCCUUUAAUUUGCCCAUUAUUCUUACUUGCUAGAAAGUAGAAACAUAACACUACUAAAGAAUAGAUGUCAUAUUAAAGAUAUGCUGCUGUGUACAUGUCAGAUCCAGCCUUUGACAGGUACAGAGGAGCCCAGUCACUCUAAGAAAGGCCAUGUCUAUGCAGAGUUGAUUUGUGCCCCAGCAAGCCCCACUUUGCAGUUCAUCUUAUAUUAGGGUUUUCCCCUUGCAUAACUACAAUACAGUUAACACCUUCCUGCCCAUCUCCCUGGUCUGAAUAAAUCCUCAAGCCCUCUAGCUAGUCGGUGUCAGCAGCUAGAGUCUAGAAGAUGGAACAACUGGGAACACACCCAGAAAUAACACACACCUGCAAACAGCAGUUUGAGCUGGUACAAUUGAUGUGCUGGGACUCUAUCUCCACUAGAGAACAGCACCAAGGCAGUUAUAUCCGUACAGCUGAUGUAAAUGCUGGCAAAGUCAAAGACUCAGGCUUAACAAGGGAACUGCCCACUCACAUAAGAAAUCAUCUCCAUUCAGAAUCAAAGGUGACAGUGGGACCCAGACUGCAGGUGUUUCCUUUCCUUCGUGUGACAUCUUCUCAUUCUGAUGGAUUGUCAUGCUAGAACAUACCCUUUUCUCUAAUCUUCUUUCAGUGAACCAUGGAACCACCUUACCUGAGAAUACUCUGCAACUUGGAAUUAGUGGUUCAAGACUAGGUUCCUUCUUAGGCACAGUAGCUCAAUCAGAAAUCACCAGCACCAGCCCUAUCAGAAGGUCCCAGUGGUGCACAGGAGCUGCCUUCCCCUGUUCCCCACUACUGAUCUCAACUCAUUACAACCCCAAAAGAGCUUGGAGGGAGAUGGCUUUUCCCAGAAAGAAGUCUCUUCUCGUUUUAGCAGGUGUACUGUUGCUCAGCUCAGCAUAUACAGGGAAUGAAAUCAAUAUCUCAAGACUGCCCUGCUCUGACUUCCAGACUGCCAGCUUCCUCCGGGGCAUGAACCUCAAGAUCCGAUUCCUUCUUUUCCCCUCCUCGAACCCCAGCUGUGGGCAGCUGAUUUCUAUUAGUGAUGACAGGAACUCCAGCUUCAACACUAGCCUGGACACCAAAAUAUUAAUCCAUGGCUUCAGAGCUUUGGGUACAAAGCCCUCCUGGAUCAAUGGGUUUAUCGGCACCUUACACCGCACAGCCCGAGUGAACGUGAUUGCAGUGGACUGGGUCUAUGGAGCGACCGCAGCUUACUCCACUGCCGUGGAAAAUGUCACCAAGCUGGCCCUGGAGAUCUUUCAUUUGAUUGAAAAAUUGCUGGCACUCGGAGCAUCAGAAACAUCAAUCCACCUGAUUGGGGUGAGCCUUGGAGCACACGUUGGGGGCCUGGUGGGGCAGUUCUAUGAAGGACGGCUGGGAAGGAUUACAGGGCUGGAUCCUGCAGGACCCAAGUACACGAAAGCCAGCCCUGACGAGCGCCUGGAUCCUGGAGAUGCCCUCUUUGUAGAAGCCAUUCACACUGACUCAGACAAUUUCGGCAUCCGGAUUGCUGUAGGCCACAUUGACUACUUCAUCAACGGAGGCAAAGACCAGCCUGGCUGCCCCCAGUUCUUGGGCUACAAAUACCUGAUCUGUGAUCACAUGAGGGCAGUUCAGCUCUACAUCAGUGCCUUGGAGGACUCCUGUCCUUUGAUGGCGUUCCCCUGUUCCAGUCACCAAGAUUUCCUUGAUGCAAAGUGCCUGGAUUGUUCAGAUCCCUUCCAGCUCUCCUGUCCCAGAAUAGGUUUGUUGAAGCAAGCUGGAGUCAGCCUGAGCAAGCUACCCAAGGAAGUAAAGGUUUACCUGGUGACCAGACCCUCAGCCCCGUUCUGCAUGUAUUACAGCUUGGUGCAGUUUCACCUGUCGCAGAAGAGGAACUCAGUCACCAACAUCGAGAUCACUUUCCACAGCGGUGACUCCACAGACUCCACAAAGAUCUCCAUACCCAAGCAGAAGCAGAUGGGCCAGGGGCUGCUGGCUCAUACAGUCCCAGCAUGCCAGAUGGAGAGUGCAGUGCUGACGUACCUCCCUAGGAACCAGUUCUGGAGAAAGGACGCAACCUCCAUCACAGGCAAAUUCUGCACAGCUCCACUGCCAGUUGAGAACAGCAUUUCCUCGAAAAAGGACGGAACUGGAUGCAGUCUUCAUCUCCUGCCUUGGGGUAGAAGGACUGACCGUGCUAAAACAGAAUCAUGUGCAUACAAGGAAAAGCAAAACUUUAAAAGAUUACAGAAGUAGUUUGGGAGUCCAGACUCCUGGAUUCUAGGCCCAGCUCUGCAAGUGAGUGUGUGUAGCCUUAGCUUAGUCACUUAAACUCAGUUUCCCUUUCUGUAAAAUAGGAUAGUAACAUCUUGCAAGGGGAUCACAAGGGUGAAAGGACUGGUUCAUUAAAAUGCUCUGAGAUCUUCACAUUAAA